AUGGAAAAUUAUACCUACUUUGUUGACACUCCAGGGCUCAACGACCCGGAUGUUACCAACGCCUCGAUUCUCGAAGAGAUUGCAAAACUACUUGAGAUGACGAAAAACUCCGUAACUUACGCAGGAGUUUUGUAUGUUCAUCCGGCUACCCUUCAGUACUCCAGGGAGACCAAAGAAAGUCUGCAGUUCUUGAACGUGUUCUGCGGGCCUAGCUAUUUCCCCUCAGUUACCUUUGUGACAACGUUCUGGGAUCGCGUUGCGUCAGCUCGGCUCGAGGAACAAGAUAAACUUGUCAGCCAACUGGCUAACUCCAAAUGGGCCAGCUUCCUGGAUCGAGGCGCGAAUAUUUACCACCACGGUAGAGUGUAUGACGGAGAGAAACCAACUCUUUGUACACUCAGUCUUGAUAACCACCCGCAGUUGCGACAGACGCAAGCUAGGGACAUGAUUGCACACCUUUAUCCGCUCGACAAGAUCUACGAUGCGCCGUUAAUUAUUAAAGAGCUACAGAUGCGAGUCACGCUCGAGGAUACACGAUUCAGUGCAAUCGUUGAAGCAAUAAAAUUCCCCUUCGAUAAAGUGACUACUUUCCUGACUGCUCUCUGGGAGCUUGCCAACCGCCUAAAAGCUACGAUUAUGAAGAUGGUGCCAGGGUCAAUAAUCAGAGUAUCUCUUCCCUAUUUGAAUGGCCAUAGGGUUGAGGUCUUGUUCACACUUCCCGGAGGGUUCGGAUUUGUUGUUGGAUACGGAGCUUCUGGCCCUUACAUGGGGCCCUACCAGUCGCAAGGCCCGAGAUUCAACUCCAAUAGGGCUUGGGAUAAUGGUGCCUCGGAUGACUCUGAAGUGGACUCCCCUCAACAGGAAGAGCCUGAGGGUGUGUGGUCAGGACGAGUAUUUGAAAUGGAGGAAGCCAAUCCAAGUCCUGAAUACCGGGCUAUCCGACACAUAUUCGAGGGCAUCGCCUCGACCCAAAAUGAGGCGUCGCCACUGAAUCCAGCAGAUCAGCCUUGGCAAGAUAUCACUCGCGAGGAAACUUCGCGGGAGGAUACCCCAGACGAUGAUCUAUGGUGGUGGCAGCGAUGCGUCAUGAUGUGA